AAACACGCACGCGUAGUGAAAUUGACACGGCGUCAAUAACGUCCAGGAUUAAAACGGAUGAAAAUCGGUGACGUUUUGUCCAUUUUUUUUUAUACAAAUAAUGGUGAAAAAGGGAAAUUCAAACGUGGCCAACAACCAAGGCGGUUCAUCAGAAAUAGCUACUGUUAACGAAGUACACAUGUAUGGUACAAUUGGUGUUCUUUCAGAAUUUAAACCAGACGGUGAUUGGACAGUAUAUCAAGAACGCAUGGAACAGUAUUUUCUUGCAAAUAUGAUUCCCGAAGAACGCAAGGUACCACUUUUAAUUACUUGCAUGGGGGAAAAGGCAUAUAUUAUGUUAAAAGAUUUAUGCGAUCCUUUACCACCAGCCCAGUGUACUUACGCUCAAUUAUGUACAUUAUUAACCAGACAAUUUGCACCAAAAAUUUCAUUUUUUCGUAAACGCGAAGAAUUUUAUUCAUUACGUAAGGAUUCACACGAUUCGGUAAACGAUUGGUACAUUAAAAUUAAAAAUGCUGCAGCACAAUGCAAAUUCGGAAAAAAUUUAAAUUUUGCUUUAAAAGACAAGUUUAUCACUGGUCUAAAUGAUGGUAUCAUAAAAGACCGACUUUGUGAAGAAGAUUUAGAUAAAGAAUUAAAUGAAAUUGUUGAACUUGCGUUAAAAAAAGAAGCGACAAUUAAGACAACGCAUAUUACGGCUGACAUACAUAAGAUUGAAAAAAAAUUCAAGAGAACCAGCAACUUCAAAUCAAAAGGCGGAGGCGGUCAAGGAGGCACGACGCAAAACAGUCAAGCAGGUACAUCAAAGAAGUCAAGUCAAGGUAAGACAGAUUCAAAUUUAGCUUGUUACUACGCUAAUGUGGACUGUAACAGUCCGAGGUAUCAGGUAUGGCUUUUGGACGGUAUCUUUAUCCACGCUAUCAUAACUAGUUGCAUAACGCCCAAACAAGCUUGUUUCCAUUGUGGAAAAAAGAAUCAUGAUUUUUCUAAGUGUAAAUAUAAAAAUUACAAAUGCAAAAAAUGUUCUAAAAUUGGUCAUUUAGCAAUUAUAUGUAAAAGUAGUAUCGAUGUUAAGAAUAUUGACAUUAAGUCAGAUAAUGUAUUUAAAGAAUUUGAUUUAUUUAAUGUUAAUAGUAAUAUUAGUUUUGUACCUCCAGAAAUUAUUAAAGUUAAAGUUAAUGGUAUAGACAUUGAAAUGGAAUUAGACUCAGGGGCAACCAGUUCUUUUUUCACUGAAGAGAUUUUUAAUAAAAAAUUAGGACAUCUUUGUUUAGAGUCAUCCAAUGUUAAUUUAACCUUUUUUUGACGGUUCAAC